AUGGAGACCCUGAAAACCCAAGCCAAAGAGCUUCUUCUCUCCCCAGACCUCUUAUCACUAGUGUCUCUCGUCACCCGCAUGAUCGGAACACACGAAGACCCACAUAAACUCGAAGCAAAGGCCAUCUUCGCCCACUGCAGCCAGAACUACCCCAACACUCUCUCACUCAAGCUUACUCACCUCCUUCAAUCCUCUACUCAGUCGCCUCUCACCGCCGCCUACGCCACUUUCCUCAGCAGCCUUCUAACUGGGCAUUCACACAAGAUCUCCCCGAUGAUCCUGACGGAGCUCAAGCCCCUGCUUUUUGCUUGCUUUCAACGACAAACCUUAGAGCCCAUCCUCAAGCCUUUGGCCUUGUCAAUAGGCAUUGUUGCUCUCAGGGUCUAUAAGACAAAACACGCAGACUGGCAGGAGCUUCUUGAUUAUAUAGUAUCGUCUGCUGACUCGGAGGACCAAAAAUAUAGAGAAUUGGGUCUUAUUUUGUUCUCUGAAUUGCCAAUGAAAAUGGGUCGAUUCUUGAUGCCAACAUUUGAUUCUCUUUACUUGACAAUCUUGAAGUGUUUCAGUUCCCCUACUAUGAAUCAUCGGUCAUUCGGCUUUCGUAUGUCGCUUAUACUGGUGGUGCAUUUGGAGGGCUUUGUUGACUAUGAUAGCAUAAAAGAUCUUCUGCCAGCAAUGUUGAAGUUCCUCAUUGAGUUGAUGAAUGAUAGGCAAGACGGGUCUACUGAACUUUGUCUAAAGAAUUUGAAUUCCUUGGUCAAAGAAAACGCCAAGUUCUUUAAAAAGCACUUGAAACAUGUGUGUGAAACAAUGCUUCAAAUAGUCGAGGCUGAUUAUGUAGGGGAGAAGAUAAGGUAUGCAGCCAUGGACAUUGUUAGGGCCCUCAAUGAUUCUUUGAACACGGAAAUGUUCGCUCUGAUGCAGAACCUGACCGGCGAGAAUCUUCACAGGCUAAUCUCAGCUUCAAUGGACAUGCUUGUUCGUAUUAAAGAUGAUCCUAUAUUGUAUAAUAUGGACUUUAAUGUCACCUUCGAGGAUAUAAAUGGGGGGCAGAUGGAGAGUUACGACCUUGGAAGUUUCCUCUUGGACCAGAUUUCAGCUGCAGUGGCUGGGGAUGUAUGCCUGCCCAUUACUUUGAAGUUGACACAACAGUAUCUAGCUGCUCCGGAAUGGCAGAAGCAUCAUGCGGCAAUGGCUACCCUUUCUAUAGUUGCAGAGGAAUGCUCAGAGGUACAAUGA